UUUAUACGGUUAUUCUUGCUUAAUUUCUUGAGGAAAAAUGUUUAAGUAAACGUGUGUCUUGCUCUACUUUAAAAUGGUAUAUUCUAUACCAAACAUUUUGCAGAAUAAGAGGUGUCGUAGUCUAGCUAUUUUUAGUUGCUGAAGAAGUGGCAUAUAAAUAGCACAGCACUGCGACAUCUGCUUUAAAAAUUUCCAGUCGACACUUAUUAAGAGAAGAGUUUUAAUCAUUAAGUGCAUUCGAUUUUGUAUAUGUGCAGUUUGAAGAAAGUUGACACUUAACCUCAUACUUGCGGGGGAUGUAAAUCAACAGACGCUGGACGGUAUAAACGUUCACGGAACCAAGAUUUUAGGAACUAUGAACCAGUCUUCUAAUCUAACUUUAUUUGUGAAGGCGGGGAAGGAUGAGAAGUGUUUAGGGGCGUGCCCUCAGAGUCAUCGUGUUCUCAUGUUAGCUGAACUAAAGGUUGCAGCCAAAAUAUUGCCACAGUUCAAAACUAUUCCUGUGAAUGUAUCAAGGCCACCCGAAGUUUUCAGUCGUUUAGGUUUGAGACUGAGAGUUCCAGCGUUAUACUUGGGUUUAGAUGAAGAUCCAAUUGAUGUGGCUGAUGAUAUUGUUUCACUGCUGGAAUCUCGUUUUCCUGGCGGGAUUUUGCAACAGAAUCAAGAAGACCCCGAGGCAGAACUAGUGACCAGGGAUUUCUUCUCUCGGUUUUGCUUUUAUGUACGUGGUGUUGCGAAGGAUGGAAGCCAAUUGGAGUCUGAGCUUCGACGUAUUGACUUUUACCUGCAGAAUGCAAGUAGCCAUGGCAGUGGCAAUAGUUUGUUUCUUUGUGGCCCAAGGCCAUCACUUUUGGAUUGCGAAGUGCUACCCAAGUUGCACCAAGUUAGAGUUGCUGCAGCCGGUAUUAAAGGUUAUGAAAUCCCAUCAAACUUGACUGGGCUGUGGCGUUACCUCCAUUCUGCUUAUGCAGAACCAGCAUUUGUUCGCACUUGCCCUUCUGAUGCUGAAAUCUUGCUUCAUUGGCUUGAGCACAUUGGAGAGUCACCAGCCAACAUCCGCAAGCAGCAACAUCUAGUGCUCAAUGAAAAGAUCCCUCAGUAUUCAUUCAGUGUGCCUGUGUUUGCAAAACCAGUAGUACUUGAGUAACACUGCUACUUCCAUAGUACAACAUUUCACAUGGAAUGGUAAUGUUCACAGUGGCUAAUCCUGUGAUUCCCAAACUUUGUCACUCUAUGAACCCUCUCAAGAAAACAGAACCCCCUAAAUUUUUCCUGAGAAUUUGUUCCUUGUGUAUCCUUUGCUGUACCUGAAGACAUGCUGUACAGCUAAACUUUCUUAGCUUUUGAUUAAUUUUUUCCUUCUGAAAGAAAAGUUUUCAUGUGGACCAGGAAAAUUUUUCUGAUACAGGUAACAAAUAUAACCCUUCCAUGGAUAGUAUUGGCCUUAAAAUUAUUGGCUUUUAAGCAUUCACCUUAGGAAAUCCACUGAAAUAUUUUUGAUAUCCACAGAGUUUGGGAAGUGCAUAUUUGAAACUGAACAAGAAAUUGAAAUGGGUUCUGUCAUUUGUCAAACUGUUGAAAAAUUAAAAUUAUGCUCUUUGUAUCCAAAUCACCGCAUCCCACCAUAACUACAACCAUUAGAUGGCUAAUAUUGAUCAGAAAAGUAAACAUUAGUUAGGUUGCUUUCUAUGUUCUCAUGAUAUUACAAACUGGAGAAUCAAAAUCUUCAGUCAUUAGUUAUUCUAAAAUUAACUUCAAAAAUUGUGAUGGACUGGGCAUGUAGGUUGAAUGGAAGAAAUGCAUUGAAAUGGGGCUGAGAAAACUGAAAGCAGUCAAUUGGAAGAAUGACAGAGAGAGUAGGAUAAUAUUCAAAUGGCUCACGAAAGAGUAUAUUUAUGCAACGUAGACUGGAUGUAAUUAGUUAAGGAUCAGGUUCCGUGUUAGGCUUUAGUAUUGCCACGUAACAUUACCAUGUUGCUAUUGUAACUUCCUUUUAGUACAAAACGUAAUUGCCAUCUUUAGUCUGCUGCAGCUUUACAGUACAUAUAGAUAGGAUUUUGAACUGCUUUGUUAUUUAUAAAUGAGCUGUGUUGUAUAUAUAAGAAUAAUGUGAAGUUAGGUCUGAUAUUAAACUUAAUAUUUAAUCCACAAUCACAGUACUACAAUAAAGUCGUAGGAGCAGGUGGUGGUAUUUUGCGUGUUCAGAUAGAUUUCUUAAAAAAAAGUGUCAUGGAUAUAUUUCACAGUUCGCAGGAUUUUGAUGGAAAAGGAAAAUCAGAUAUGCUUUAAAGACAUCCUUGAGCUGUUGUGGCUUUACUAUUGGUGUAAUUUGCUGAACAUAACAGUGCACCUGUUGUUACUCCAACUUUCUUGCUUCUGGGUUUGGAUCUCAACCUGAUAUUAGUUGACUCAUGACUAAGGUUUCCUCAGUCAUUCCAAGAAAAUUCUGGGAUAGCACCUAAAAAGAGGCUGCUACAUCCUUUACAGGUAUCCUAUCAUUUGAUCCCAUAUAAUUCAAGAUUUGGACAAAGCAAAAUCUAGAAUUUUUUCAAGUUCUAGGCCACAUUUUUUAAAGUCUGCAUUUGAAUUUAUCUUUUUGUGUAAUUGUAGGCCACCUAAGAUGGCAUAGCCAGUAUAGUGACUAGGCUACAGGGUGACCAGGGUUCGAAUCUCAGGAGAGGCAGGUUUUUUUAUUACUAUUAU